UACAGUAAACGUACAGAUGUUUUGUUCAAAGAAAGGUCGUAUUUUCUCUCAUCGUUCCAAUGUAGAUUGUCCUACUACUCGAUCCGUAGGUUUGUUUCCGGAAAUUCUAUUGUUUUUGUGUAUGCUUUUUGCGUUGGCUCUAACUAGCUAACUGCCAUCUCUCAUUAUCUCUAUUAUUUAUAUUUAUUACAAUAGCCUAAUAUACAUUAACUGCUGCAUCUUAUCUCUCGAAAUGAUAAAAACAUGUAUUACUAGGACAGUCACUGAGUCAGACAACAACUUCCAAUAGUAGCUAGAUUUGCUAGCCUGUUAACACAGACAGAAGGGUUUAGUUUCCAGUAUAUUUGCUGCAAACGUUAGCUUCCUAUCAUUUUUUUAGACUCGAUCGCAGGACUGAUUCGCCUGUACAAAGGUAACUAAACGUUACGAAUUCGUAACUGUAUCUAGUUACACAUAGACAGUUUGCUAUGAUGUCCGAAGCCACCGUAUCCUUCCAGUCUCAGCUCUCCGGAGUCAUGGAGACGGUAUUCAAGGCUGCUAUGUACGAGAUCACAAGGCUGGUGGACGAUAGCUUCGUGAAGGAAGUGUCCCGGAGCCGGGAGCAGGUCGAGUCGCUGAAGAAGCGGCUGCAGUGGUCGGAGAACAGACGCAGGGAUAGGGACAGAGAGGGAGGCCGUAUCGGGAAGUGUGCGGACUGUGGAAGAGCUAACGAAGCCAAGGAGAGAAGCUCUGGAGCCUCACAAACAGGUGUGGAGAGGGGGCGUGGCCUGAAGCAGGAGAAGGUACUAGGGGAGGAGGGGAGCAGCUGUGGGGGCGUGGCCGGGGAAACAGCCUCGCAUGACCUGGAAGAGGCCGAUGCCAUCAGCCCUAGGAGAACCUCUGAGCCCGCAGACGUCGGAGGUCAGAAGCUGGACAGCCUGCUGAAAGAAGAAGCUCUCCAGAACACUGAACUACAGGAGAGAUGGGGCGUCUGCCUGGACGGGGCCGACGGUUCAGACGUCUCGGGGCCCAGUAAGAGUUUCAGUGAGCAGGAGCUGCAGCAGUGCCAGGAUGACUGGGGGUCUGGUCUAGACCAGGAUCCUGAACCAUUGGGUCCCGAGGGAGACUCAGUGGACCCCACCGACCCUCUCUACCGCCCCCGCUACAGCAUGGAGGAACUGGGGGUCGGCUUUGAAAAGUCUGGUUACGGCAGUAGUGGUAGUGGCGACCAUCUUCUAGACAUGGAAGGGCUGGAUAGGCUUCCUGCUUCUCCGUCUCGUCUGGGGGCGCUGAGCUACGGAGCUGCAGGUCACUACCAGGUGGACCUGGGGGGGUCUGAGGGGGGAGACCAUCACCAUCGCUCCAACACGCCUGGCCCCCAUCGGAGCCAGAGGGAGCAGGUGGGGUCGCCAAUGCCAUCCCCCCACCCAGAGGUGGGAGACCUGAACUGCCUGUUGAUCAACGAGGAGGGGUACCCUGAACACGGUGUUCCGGACUUGGGUAGUAGAUCCGGCCACAGGGGGCUAACCUCCAUCCACUCUGGAAGCUCAGCCCACAACAACAACACAGAGAGGCUGUAUGGUGCUGCUGACGACUUUGGACUCUCUUUAAACCUCAGAGAUCGUUCACAAGAGCAGGUAACAGGAGGAGGGGGGAGGCAUCAUGCCUGCAAUCAAUGUUCAAUGACCUUCCCAGAUUCUGGUUCCCUCAAGGCCCACAAGCAGAAACACAAAACUGGGAGAUGGUCGAAUACAGGGCCAGGGACUCCAUACUCCCGCACUCAGUGCGGUAAGACCUUCACCCAGGCCUGCAACAUCAAGGUCCAAGCCGAGGGACGCCACCUCUGCAGCCAGUGUGGCAAGGGCUUCACCUCCUUCUCUGACCUGAAGAGGCACACAUGCAGCCAGACUGCAGACAAGCCCUACUGCUGCUCUCUCUGCGGGAACAAGUUCAGUCGGCUCUGGAACCUCAAGCUGCACCGACGCAUUCACACACAGGAGAAACCCCACCGCUGCACCAUGUGUGACAAGAGCUUCACACGGGCGGACAUUUUGAAAGUCCACAAGCGCACCCACACCGGGGAGAGACCGUAUUGCUGCGCUGUAUGUGGACUCCGCUUCAAACAACUGAACCAUCUGAAGUCACACCAGCACAAACACAGGCCGGAUCUCCUGAGCAGAGUGGUGGUCUAGAAAACUGUUUAAUUUGACAUUGAGAACAAUUUUUGGGGUGAUCAAUUGCUUUUUAAUAAGGACAUUGAAAAUAUGGAAAUCCGUGUUAAAUAAGAAUGUAUGCCUUAAAUUUAGACUAUGAAUUGUCUGUCAUAAUGACCAUGUCAACCUAACAAACAUUCGAAUAUAUGGCAUUCAUGUGCUUAUGGCAUGGUGUAAGUCUGCCAUGAUUGUGUUCAAGUGCUUUUGAUGUCAGACCAAUAAAAAGCUUGCUUACCAUUGACAA